UGUCACACAAACAUAUCAUGAUGGGUAAAAGCAACAACCUUAACAACCUUAUUAACCUUAUUGUUGCACAAAAUACUGAUGCGUUGGUUACAGAAGGAUUUCUAAACUUGACUCCAGCUAAAGAAAAAGCAUGUUGAAGCUCGUUUAAAGUGUGAAGUACUGGGAGAAUAUAGUCGUCAGAUGAGACCAGAAUUAAACUCUUUGGAUUCCUUAAUACGCACCAUGUUUGGAGGUCAAAGGGCACUGCACAUCAGCCCAAACACACCAACCAACAGUGAAGUGUGGAGGUGGAACAUCCUGGUGGGGGUGUCGUUCAGCAUACUGCAAACUUCAUAUCAUUGAAGGAAUGAUGAAUGGAAAAAUGUACUGAGACAUUCUUGAUAAAAAAUCUGCUGCCAUCUACCAGGAUGAUGAAGAUGAAACGAGGGUGGACAUCUCAUCUCAGUUGUCAGUUUUAUCACUUCAUCUUCAACGUCGACAAGAAAUGUGAUAAAAUGUGUCGCUGUUGCACCUUUGGAAAGGGCUUGAUUUUGACCGCUAUCAAAUGUUGUUGAAGAGACCAACAGCAUAUUAUAUAUUGAUGAAAUAUGCCUCCACAAUUAUCUUAUUCUUAAUAAAUGAAAUGUAUUGUAGUCCCUGUCAGCCUCUGAGAGCUAUACUGUGUUGUUAUGGUAUUAGUAGUAGAAUGAUGGUCCUUUUGCUCUUCAGUGCAGAGAAAACGCAACACAUACGACUCUUCUGUGAAGAUGUCACUCUAAUAAAGAAAGUUGCUGCUCGAGGCUUGAGAAAGGGCUCCCAUGUGUCGGAGGUGAUUCGCCAACAAUAUCAUUGAACAGUGAAAGCACCUGAACAUCUUCAGAUGGAUUUACCAGUGGUGGCAACAGUCCAUCUGAAUAUCUUCUCAAAUAAGACAGUGGUGCGAGACCUCCUCCGGUCACAUGGCUUUGUGUUGACAGAUCUGGGCAGCGAUCAGGUGCGUGUAGAGGGGUCGUAUCUGAAACUUAAGGCUGUGAAGGCCUCUUUGGAGCAGCUUCUUGACUCACAAACUACGACAGACUUCACGCAGGUCCCAAAGGCUUCCACUGGAGCCAUUUCCAAACGCCACAACAGUAACAGCUCAGUGUCAGAUGGUAACAGAGGCCGAAACAAGCCUCCGCAUGCUUCUCCAUCCUCACGCACCACCUUCCCGUCUCGGGCGUCAAGAGAGUCCUUUGUGGUGGAUGUAGAUCUGUUUAGGUAUGCAGAUCGGCUCAGGAAAGAAGACAUUGUCGGAAUUCUGAAGAACCAUGAUGUUAACAUGGAGGUGGAUGACAUUGGCGAGAGCAUCAACAUCACUUUACAGGGGAAGAGAGCGAGAACAGCUGUUGGUAAACUACAGAGCCUCCUGAAUGAUCUCAACAAUUCACUGCGCACACAGGAAGUCCCUCUGAAGGACAUGGAUCAUGAAGGCAAGGCUCUUUUAGGGAAGAUAAGGAAUGACGAAAACAUUUACAAUUCAGUACUCGUAUGUCUGAUUAAUGACAAAGUUCACCUGAUAGGACCGUCAGGUGAGGGCUUCGAGUUAAAGGAGAGGCUGUUGGGGAGGCCGAGGGAGCAGUCAGGACGUACGGGGAGGACACUUGUCAGAAGCUCCACAACAAGAGAUAGGGGUGCUGUGGAUAAGAUAUCUCCAGCUGCAGGUUACUCUCCACCUGCUGAGCCCAAGUUGAGAGCUGCUACUGUUUCUCGAUAUUUUAGGAGAAGCCGCUCUGACCCCUGCAGAAGAUCCCGGGAAGAAAGGGUCAAUAUGCAAGAGGUGGUAAACAGAACUCCUAAAUCACCCAAGAAACUGUUCUCACGAAUUCUAAAGUUUUUCAACAUACAUAAAGGCAAGUGAAAAAGUGUGGGGAAAAUGAGAAGUGAAGUUGCGUUCAUGAAGGUAGAAAGACUGGCACAUGAACCUUUUUUGUCACAAUUUAUACAAAACUUUUGACCAUGUUAUUUGUUUUAUUGAGUGGCAGGUUUGCGUAUGCAGUGACAUGGUUCUAUAGGAGAUCUGGAGUAAAUAUGAAGCUAUGGUCAGCAGCAGGUUAGCUUAGCAUAAAGACUAUCAGGGGGUAACAUCUAGCCUCUGUCCUAAGGUCACCAACGCAGCCUCCCUGGAACUCUGAAGCACACUAAUAUAUUUACACUGCAAGGUUAUAAUCAUUUUGCUUGGCGGAAAUUUCUUUUAGUUCACCCCUCUCCUUUCCUCCACUUUGUCUUUGACUGUAGAUGUGUAACCCCCUGGGGGUCGUGGACCCCCUGUUGAAGACCUAUGCUUUAGAUGAUUAUUGUUGAAGUGUAAAAUGUUUACUGAUCAGUCAGAUUGAUGAUUUACUGAUCAGUUAGAUUGAUGAAUGUUGUGCAAUAUACUGAUUUAGACUCUGACACCGUUCUUCUGACGUCAAAAUAUUCAUCAUUCUCGAACAAUCUUACUCGCGCAUGGUAUAAAAUCACUUCCUCUGCACUGAUCACAGUCAGUCUCUCGCACAAUUGUGUUAUUGCUCGAUGCUUGCACUGUAAAUAAUGUAAUAAACAGAAGAAUAAUUAUGGCAAUUAAUUAAACAAAUGGGUAUUAAAAACACUGAAAUUAACAGGAAAGUCUUAAUUAAAUGUGAUAAUGAGAUGUAUGUGUUUGUGCUACUAUAGUUACCUCCACUAAGGAGGGAAGCUUUCGAUCCGUUUGUCAGCAGCAUUUUGGAAAAACUCCUGGCCGAUUUUCAUGAAGCGUGGUGGAAUGGUGAAGCGUGGGCCGAGGAAGAACCCAUUCAAUUUCAGGGGGCAGAAAAAUGUUUUCUUUUUCAUUUUCGUUAGC